CCUUCCUGGGCCGGGCGGGGCAGGCGGCUGCGCCCUCAGGCGCCCGCGCGCGGACAUGGCGGCGCCCGCCUACCCCGCCUGGGUGACGCGCUGGGUGUCGGGGCAGUGGCGGAGCAAGAAGCGGCCCCCGACGCUCCGCCCGCCCCGGACACUGGCGCUGGCCGACAAGGUGGCGAACCGCCGGGAGCAGUCGACAGAGGCAACGUGCAUUACGGAGAUGUCAGUAAUGAUGGCCUGCUGGAAACAGAAUGACUUCAACGACACGCCUUGUGCCGAGGAGAUCAGGAUGUUCUAUGACUGCGUGGCAAAGGCAGAAAAAGAGCGCAAGAAUCAAAAUGAGGACAUCCUGUCACCCAAGGGAAAUUUGCCUUCAAGCAAAGUGAACAAGCUCCUGAAGAGGUUUCCUCAGAUCACACGUUACGUAUAAUGUACUUUAUGAAAGAGACUGUGGACAAGCAAUUAAAGUUGGGGUCUUGGUCAAAAAAAGGAAAGUCAAGUUAAGUGAUCUUUUGAUGUCAAGUGGUGUGUGGAUCUUGACCCUGCUUUUGAUUCCAGGGCAAAAACCACCCAUCUUGAGUAUCAGCUGAUUUUGUUCAUGAGACUCUUGGGUCUUGCAGUGUUAGGAUUUCUGCAGUGUGUUGUUCAGCUUGCCUACCCAAGUCCUGUUAAAUAAAACCUUCUAGGCAUUCAUGUAAAUGCAUUUCCUAACAGGGCAUGACUUCUCCACGUGCAAGCAUCUUGCCCAGCUCUGGAGCUACUAUCAAAAGGUGUUUGGGCUCAAACACUGAGCCAAGUUAAAAUUAGUAAUUACCGUAAUGAUGGUAUGAUGGUUCAUACUCUUACAUGAGUGUAUUCACAAUCUGGUGCCUCUUGAAAUUUUUAAAAUUUCCACUGCUGUAAAAAAAAUGCUGUAAAAUUUAGAAAAAAUCUCCAGCAAAAUACCUUGUUCAUACAUAAUUCAUUAGUAAGUAUCAAAUAUAACUUUAACAUGGAAGCUUGUGAUUUAGCUUGUGAUUUGCAGGUGGGACUUAUGGUGCCACAUAAGUUUGAUUAUUUUGUCUGUACUGUAAUAAAGCAAGACUGGUGUUUGA